UCAAUCUGAAACUGCACGUCAACGGACUGUGAGGCGCAACAGCUGUACGGUUUACAUUUACAUUCAGUUGUCAUGUUUGUAGUAAACAUUCGCAGACAUGGCCUAUGUCAACGUUGCUGAAUGGAAACCAGAUCAAGUCACAGAAUGGCUUAAAGGUCUAGAUAGCUCAAUUUUGGUCUACUUGCAUCUGUUUAUAAGCAAUGAAGUUAAUGGCCAGCAAUUAUUGAACGUAAGGUCAGAAGACCUGGACAAUCUUGGAAUCAAGCGACUUGGACAUCAGGAACUAAUUUUAGAAGCAGUAGAGCACCUCAGAAAUUUUCACUAUGAAUUGGACCGAGAAAACCUCCAGCUACUGGCUCUUAGGUUGUCUUGCCAAGCCCACAGUUUGCAUAAUGAACUACUUAGACAAACUGAUUCUCAACCAGUUAGCACUCAAACUCUAGCUGAUGUCGCUAGUGUUGUCAGAGCUGUGAAGCCAUUAGUUUGCUGGUUGGACAGAUCACCCUUUACUGGUCAGUUAGAGUAUUCUGAUAGGAAAAGAGAUCUGCUAAAGUACAGCCUUGAAAUAGCCACCUGUGCUCAAAGGGAUCGUUUUGCUGAAAGACCAGUAGAAGAGAUCCGCUCAAGUUGUGCCAAAUUAUCUGCUAUUGCAGAUGGAAUAAUUCAAGAUAUUGCGGACCCAUUGAUUCUUCAACCAGCAUCACUUGAUCUUGCAACUUUACGAAAAAGGGGUGGAGAUGAUUUGGGAUUUUACAUUCUGCCAUCUUUUUGUGGAGUUCAUCAAAUUGGUGAUAUCAAAUUUGGUUCACCUGCCCACCAAUGUGGAAAAGUUGAAGAGGGAGAUGAAGUAGUGCAAGUGAACUAUCAGACAAUUGUGGGAUGGCAGAGGAAGAAAGUAAUGGCCUUGUUUGAAGAAUCUGCCACUGAUGUGUUUUUGACCCUCAAGAAGAGACCAAGACAUACAAAAGUUUAUGGGCAAAUAUACAUGAAGCCAUACAGACUGCCAAGUAAAAAAAGGGCACCAGCUUACACUCGCUGGCAUGACAAUCUACCUUCACCUAGACCUGAGCUACUCACCAUUCCAGAUUUUGAUAUUCAAGUGCCAAGAGCCCUCCCCAUGACACCUCCUUCAAAACAUGUUACUUUGGAACCUCUGAACAGUACAAUUGUAUCUACAAGCUCAGAGUCUGAGGAUGCCGGGUCAGGAUGUGACGAAGCCUCCCUUGAUUAUGAGCUGGAGGGACACACGUCACCCACUAGCAUGCGUCUGUACCUGCCUAAGCCAAGAGUGCCAGUUCAACGCCGGGCAACCAUUACUGGUGCAAGCCCCACCUCUCAUCUUCCUCCAGUUGAUUUAGAGAAGUUCUGGAGAGAGUUAAAAUUAGAGAAGAAGUGGAAGUUUAAUGGGAAAACCCCUGAGUCCCACAACUCAAACCCUGAGUGUGGGCUUCUCAGAAAUAAGUCCCCUUGUGAACAUAAUGAACGUCCAUCUACAUGUUUGGGCUUUGAGAAAUCUUCCAGCAAAGAAUAUAUCAAAAGAGUUGAUUAUAUAAUUAAAUCAGACAAAGACUCAAAGGAUCACGAGGAGUUGACCAAAGGUCAAGAGAAAAGUUCAGAACAAAAAACAGAUAUUGUUACUCUUAAAGAAAAUGAAGAUAUGAUCAAAUCUUCAAAUUUCAACAAAAAUCGUAGUGAAAAACGUUUUAUCACCAGGUUGGAGCUAAAAGUUGAUCCUCGGGACUCACGCAUAAGAGUUGCAGAUGUUACAAACGAAAAUGUGGAACUCAAAAGCAUUCCAGGAGAUGAAACUUCUGUGCAGCCGGACAGUCCACAUACUAAUCAAAGUAGUCCGUUUGAAAAGACAAGAAAGGUUUCCACUGAGAGCCAAAUUGGAGAGUUACCUGUCCACAGAGAAAGAGGCAGAUUGGACAAGAGUUUCAGUACUCCAGCAUAUGACUUGCUGGGGCUUGAUGGGCUAGAAAUAAAUGCCUCCCGUCAGCAGAAAUCUCCAGCUGUGAAAGUUGACACAGAGCUUGCUGAUAAGUCUGGCUUGUCAGAUUUCAGCUCGCCAAAUGAUUCUGUUUUUGAUUACGGUACUAUGCCUGAUGUGGCAUCAUCCACUACUCCCAGAAUGAAGCAAGCUCAGGACUAUUCUACUCAUUCAUUUUUCAAGUUCCCUCCUGCUCAUACAUCCUCCAGGCAUGCCUCCACAGACCAAGAAUUUGACAAGAAUAAUGAAGAUAUAAAAUCAAGUGACAACUGUGAUAUGAAUUUGAAUCCUGUUUUACAUGGUAGGGUGGUUGAAACUAUUAACCGCCAUUUACUUGACUCAAAUUGUGGGAAAGAUGGUGAUGAAGAUUGUGAUGACCAUCGUGAUAACAAUAGAACUAAUCCUCCUUCAGGAUUUACAAGAACUGUCACUAGUAUUGUUCUGAAUAGUCCUGAUCUCAUAUCAGAUAUCAGCACCCAUAGGCUCUACCCAAAACCAGAUGACUAUGAUAAUGGAAAUCAUUUUCAUCUGCAAAUAUCUCCUAAACUUGAAUCAUUUAGGUUUGAUGGUAACAAAAACAGUUAUGAUAUUCAUCCUGCUGCACCAAAAACUAGUGACUCAAAAGUUAACCCUGAGAUGGUUAAUCGUGCUGAAAUUGCAUCACCAAAAUUGAUAGUUGGUGAUGUCAAGAUGCCUGUCUCGCUGCCAUUGCCUCCAGCACGCCAUCCAGAUCCACCAUGUCCUCCAACCAAGCAGCCCAAGAUCCCUUUCAAGAUAUCAGUGAAUCCUCCAGAACCACCACCUCGUCCAACUCCUCCUAAUAGAUCACCUUCAAUACCUCUAGACCAGCCGAAGUCUUUGCUUCGUGCUAAAAUAGGUAGCAAAACUACAAGCCAGCAGAAAGCUGUGGUAGGAAGCCCAAAAGUGUCGCGCAAAAAGAACCCAUUCCUCGCCAGAAGGCGCUCAGUUGGGGUGAAAGAAUUGGGAGUAGCAGAUUAUCAAGGCUGGCUUUAUCGACGAACUCGCAUUGGGGAUAGUGGAGUUCAAUGGAUAAAGGGCUGGUUUAUUCUAAAGAGCACGGCCUUUUAUGGUUUCAAAUCAAGAGAGGCUCACAAAGCAGAUUAUUUCAUAUCACUCCCUGGUUUUACAAUAUCUCCUGCAGAAGAGGUCAAAUCAAAAAAAUUUGCUUUUAAAGUUUAUCACACUGGCACUGCAUUUUAUUUUGCUUCUGAGUCUGAUGAAGAGCUGGCUGCAUGGUUGGAUUGUUUAUCCAUGGCAGCUCUUUCAAUCGAUAUUCCAACUUCAAAGUCUUCUGCUUCUGAGGGUGCUGUUUUUAGUGAAACUGAGGAUGAAGGUGAUGAGAGUGAGAUUGCUGACUCUUGCUUUCCCAGUCCUAAAAUGAGGAAGUUCACUAACUUUCUUUCUGGACAUUCAAGUCAUACAUCCCACUCCAGUGGAUCUGCAGGAAGCCCCAAACCAGCUCGUUCUCAUCAAAAUCUUGCCUCCUCUAGCGAAUCUAAAACAUAUGAUAUACAGAAAAAGUUUGGUUCCCUUAAAAAACUUGGCUAUCGGAACAAAUGCCCUUAUCCAUUGUCAUCACAGUCAUCAAGUUCAGCUACAAGCCUCUCAAGCUCGGAGCAAUCGCAAGAUGCUCAACCUGCCUCUGCACCACAUAGCUUGGAUAGGAAAGUUCUGCGGUUUUUGUCCAGUGGCAAGAGUCAAAAUGUGCCUGUGCCCACAGCGCAAUUUAGAAGCUAUCGACGUGUUGUGGCAACAGAACCUUGUUCUACAUUUGCAAAACACACUGAUGGCAAUGCAAAUGCAAAAGGGGAUGAGUCAUUAUUGGAUACAUCAGGUGGCUCUCAUGCAGCCAGAAGUGUAGGCAGCUCAUCUGGGGACCAAGAUAUAAGGAGGAAUAACCGCAAUCUAGGCCCACGUGGAGAUGAUGUCGCUGGCUUCCUUACCCUGGAACAGUUCAUGCUUCAGCGACAAGAAGAGGAACGGCAACAAAAUCUUCACUCCAACUCCCCUCAGAACCAUGAUCGAGAUUCUGCAGCACCUGGUCAUCGUGAUACAAGCGAGGCUUACACAGGUUAUACGGAGGACCCAGUUCUGUCUCGGCAUAAAUCGCUAGAGAAACGAAGAACUCCUCCUCCAGCUCCACCGUCGCUGUCUCCAUCGCCCCGCCCAAACACGAGGCCAAUUCCUGCUGUGAGGACCAUCCUUCCUGGUGGCUCGACUCAGCAAGGAGAUGCUAGUGUAGAACCCCCCGUCAUAGUUCCUAGAACCUUGAAACCCUCUAACGAUUCCCAUUCUACUAGAGAAUCUCAUGGCACUGGGAAGCACUUGUCUGAGUCAUCCACACCUACUUUACGACGUACACCGUUGGCCCCAAUGCAACCACGUCUUAAGAAUGCUGCCCUGUAUCAACCUCCUCCAGUGGCUUUUUCUCCUACUCCAAGUUUAGGUCCUUCAUUUGAAAUGCAUUUAGACCACCAAGCUUCUGCAGCACAUGCAAGUCCUGAUGAAGUGUGGGAGGGUUCUCGUGCAAGAGGAGCCAGCUCUAAAAUAAGACAGUUCCUUACUCCCAAGCGUAGUCAUCACCUUUCACCACCAAGCCAACCAGAAGUCUCUGCACCAACUCCACAGAGAACAAUACUGGGUUCUCCACGUCUGCACCGUGCUUUGUUCCGUCAAAGUGACAGCCGUAAGCAAAAGAAUACUCACCCAAGCGAUUCCAGUGAACACUUUGUGUACACACCAGGAGCUUAUGGUUCUGUCAAUCCUUCUGCGACAUCCUCUCCAUUGCCGUCUCCAGACUGGUCCUCAGACUUCACUCCAUCACUGUCCCCAAAGCCAACCAUGGGUGUUGCAAUGAUUGGGAAGAAGCCUGCUGUCUCCCCACUCAGCAACUUCAACAGCCUCUCUGCUAUGAGUCCGCCUCUUAGUCCACCCCAGACACCACUAAGCCCGCCGCCCGAUUACCCAGGCCUGGAGUACCCUCCUGUGUUCGAGCCUGGUAUUUACUCCUUGUCAGAUUCUAGCACUUUGUUGAGCCCAAGUACGAGUGUGUACUCCCCUGGCUCCGACAGUUCUGGAUCUCUUCAGCCACGGAGAUGAAGCUAGCUAAUACUUUGAGUUGUCUUUGCAGGUUUAAGGAUCUUUGAAUACUUUUAAGUUUGUAAUCUUUGUCAUCUUUCUCUUUGCAUCAGUGGUAAAGUGCAAGCCUUGUGCUAGUCCUUUUUCUUCUCAUAGUACAUUAAAUGAGAUGAAGAAAAAACUAUCUUGUUGCAUGUACAAUUUUUUAAGGCUUUGGCCAGUAACAAUCAAUUUUGACCUAAGCAAUAGAUAAACAAAAGUGCAUUAUUGUUGAUUGAUUCUGUUCCUCAUUGUUAUAUAUCUAUUGUUCUUUCUCUCGUCAGCUAUCACAUUGUGUUUUACCUGUAGAAAUUACCACUCUGUGUUCUUCAUUUAAGCACCUUUAUUUUAGAUGUUACUUUACAUAUUUUAUGAAGAUUCUCUUCUUAUGAUUUUUUUUCUAUUUUGCUGUGAUCUAUGCAUAAUAAUAUGCCUAAUACCAAGAUAACACCAUGCAUUCAACUGCAUUUUCUAUGUCAGGGUACCUUCAAGUAGAAUUUUAUUGUGAAGUUUUGUGGACCUUUUUUAACAAUGGUUAACUUGAUAUUAUCUGUUGCUUUUAUCCCUUUUUAUUUUAGCAUAGUGAAGAAAACAAGAGGCAUAGAAAAACUUUUGUUUUAUGAUUGGUUUGCACUGUAAAUCUUUCCAUUAUUUUUCUAGAAUCUCGCUCUCUUAACCCUUCUUUGUUUCCUAUGGAUAAAGAAUAAAGAAAGGGUCCAUUUGGCUCAAUUGACAUACUCCCACAUAGGGUUGUUCAUAAGGUUGUGCGUUAUUGUGGUAAGCAAGCUCUUGAUAUUUAUCCAAUGUAACUUCUCUUAUGUUUAUAGCAAAUACAAAUGGAUGUGAUUUCCAUUCAACUGGUGCCAUCAUACGCCAUUAAGUUUGUACUCUGCCUAGAACUCUUAUACUUGUCUGUUGUGACCGCAUUGACUGUCAGUAUUAGCAGAGAUGUAUUCUUAGCUUUAAAAGCAGAGUCUUUAUUUUGUUGUUUAAGAAAAGUAUACCGUAAUUAUAUAAAUAUAUAUACGAAUAUGACAAAUAUGAGUUGUACUGUGUACUCUGUUCUCUGAAAUUUUUGUGAAUUUGCAGACGAGUUAUUUCAAUUUGUCAAACUUGCCAACCCAAGGUUGUAACACAGAUCACAUUUGAGACAAUAAUGUUGUGAUAUUUUUCUUUCAGAAACAAAUAUAUAUUUAUAAUUCAACUGGAAA